AUGCUCAUAACACAAGACGAAAAAUCAACAGAUAGUUUAAAAACUAUGCCGCUAUUAGAUGACACAUCUUCUAAGCCUAAGCAGGACCAACAUUAUAUAAAUAUUGCGCCCAAAUUCCCACCCGUGGUAGAUAUGAUUGAAUUAAUUUCCAAAAAAUCGCCUGAUGGCAGAAUUCCCUCGAGAGCACCUAACGCUUUUAUAAUUUAUCGAAAGGUUUAUGUAGAGGCAGCACGUGAGAAGGGACAUUUUUUACCGAUGACUAUUGUAUCCGCUAUGGCAUCACAAAGUUGGGAAUCCGCAGACGAAAGUGUUAAAGCGGAAUACCGACGAAUUGCUAAAGAAGCGUUGAGGGUCCGUAAUGAAAUGUAUCCUAAAUCUGGGAGAAGAAAGAGAAAAGAUAGAUGGAAUAUUGUGAGUUUCGAUCCUCCGGCACCUCCACCGAAUAAAAAUGACAGGAGACGCAAAAAUGUUAAGAGUAGUUCGAAAAACAUUAAAGGCGGAAAAAACAAUAAUAUCGAAACUAUUAAAGAUAUUAAAGAUACUAGCCCU